UCAGGCCCCCCAGUGCAGCCCCACAACCCUUUCUGCGCUGGAGAAGCUCUGUCCUGGCGCCACCUGGGGCGCAGCGGGGAGUGAGAGCUCCUUCAGUCCCAGGGGCCCAGUUGGGAUCCAGAUGCUGGGGCUCCCCCAUCCCCACACUUCUGCGGGGGACCAGGGUCGGGCACAGGGGCUUCCUUUGCCGCCCCCGCCCCUGGCUUCCACUGGGGAUGGAUGGCAGGCGCUGGGGCUUCCCCUGCCCAGGGACAUCUGCUGGGGAUGGGGUCGGGAGUCCCUGGGGGGGCUUCCCCCAUCCCACAGCUGCUGCUGGGGAUGGGUCAGGGGCUGCUGGGGCGGGGGGCCCUGGGGGCCUCCCAGUUGGCCCUGGGCACGGGCCCCAUCAGCCCACUGACUAAUGCGCUACUGGGCGCACGCUCCGAUGCACCAAUCUGCAGCAGGCCCUGGGCUUCACCCUGCUGGAAAUCCCUUCCCCGAGGGACUGGGAACAGGCUGAGCUGUCGGGUAGAUUCUGCCCUAGAAAGGAGACAAAACGGUAUUUCCAGAGCUUUGCAAUUCACGAGGUAUAUCCCAGGUAACUGGCUGGGGGGCAUUUCCUACCUCAGUCUCGGGGGAGAGUCCAAGGCCCCAUGGCAGUCGGGCAUCCAUCAAAUGUCAGCGGGAGGCUGGAGCCUCCCCAGAAACUCUCCAUUUUGCCGGGGGGCUUGUCCAAGGAUGGCACUGUCUGCGGCGGCGGCCAUGCUAGGAGUCGCCUAUCCUGGAGCCCUCCUGGCAUUGCAGCCACUGGUUCCUUGGCUUGUUAGCAGGUUGCUCCAGGCAAGAGCUAAGGAAUCAGAGGCUGCUGGCCAGCAACAUGAAGAGUUGUCCCCACGGGUGGAUAAGGAGCAACACCCACCAGCUACCUGGGGAGUCACAGAGCACGGCCCAGAGGGAAGGAGAAGGCCAGAGGCCAUUCACAGCAGCCCCCUUUUGGCUGACAGCCCCACCAGGGAACGACGCAGACAGAGGGAGAGGUUUUCCACAGCCCAGCCCCAUGGGUGGCUGUUCAUUCCAGACGGGCCACGGAGUCAGCAUCCGCGUAAGACCUGCCCUCGUGGGUUUGUUCCCAGAGGCAAGGAAAGAACUCCUGCUUCCCAUUAAACUUUAGAUGGGGAACGGAUUUCUCCAGCCUGCAUUGCUAAAUUCACCCUUUUCACAUGUACCCUGGGGCACCAGAUUAGCUGAGCAAAUGAUCUAGACAGGGAUCAGUGCAGGAAGCCACGUGUCAGGACUCCUGGGUUCUAGCCCCAUAGGUGCAGCUUUGGUUACUACAAGAGUCGCUCCAGGAAAUCUUGUGGCUGGAUUUUACUUGUUAAAGGGCUGGAUCAUUUGUUUACCUCUAGUCACAUUUCAGGUGUGAUGACAGUGAGCAAACAUCAUGCUUCUGGGAACAGGCAGGUUAUCUGGGCAGGCAGGAAGGCUCAGUUUACCCUGCUAUAAAAUCACUAUAAUACCACCUACUUCCCAAGGCUAUAAUGAGGUUAUAGUCCAGACUACAGUUAUAAGUGAGGUCGACUGACUUACCUAUUUCACUCAGGGGCGUGAAAAAUCGACACCUCCCGAACGCUGUAGCUAUGCUGACCUACAGCUGGGUCAAUGGAGGAAUGCGCCCAUCAAUCCAGCUGCUAUCACUUCGGGAGGUGGAGUUCCUACAAAAAAGGGAAAACCCCUUUCUUCACUGCCUCUAGACUCUACCCAGUGGGGUUGUACCACAGGACACCCCAUAGGGCAGACCUGGCCUUAGUUCAUUGUUUAUAAAGUGCUUUAAAUUCCCAGCUCUGCAUUCUGCAGGCCAAGAGAAGUUUCUCUCAGAUUUCUUUUUAGUUUUGUUCCCUAGAAGCUAUAUUUACCAGUCCAUUGUUUUAUUUUCACUUCCUUCUAGGUUCACUGAUUCAAAAGCCUUCCUCACAUGACAGAUGGAAACUUUGAGCUGGCUGAUGUAAUGGCUUGAUGAUCUGCUUUGGUAACCGCGGGGGAGUUUCUGCAAAAGUCACAAGACCUGGUGAUAAUGGGAAUUCUUUGCUCAAUGCCUCCCGGGCUUAGUCAGCAGAGCCUCUGAGAAGUCUACCUGGCAAAGCACAGUACAUGCGAAGCAGGAAGCUGCCAAACAACCAGUGGGGCCCCUGGACGAUAG